AUGGCUGACAAACCGUUCGAAGAUUUGAAUUACGGCUACCCUGGCACUGCUCGCUAUGAUCUAGAGAACAGCGAGUGGCUGUUUGAAAGACAGUAUACAACCAAGAAUUUCAGGCAAAUUCGGACCUUAGAAGGCCUGCGACUUGCAGAUACUCUUGCGACAACACCAGUUCAGCUUGUUCAUCCUCAGACGUCUGCGAAUAAGACAAGCACGCGGGAAGAAGUCAGAAACCUAGUACAGAACAUACCCGAAUUUGCGGCUGCAGCUGCGCUACUUCCUGACUUAGGUCUUGUCUCUGCUGCAAUCUCAAAAACAACUUCCGUUUACGACCCUCUCGUUGGUAGUUUACUGUCCUUCGGUUCCAUUACUCUCGGAGACAGAUAUGAAGGCCCACGCCAGGUCGCUGCGCUACCUGUGGGAGAAGCUGGGAAUAUACUGCAGUUGGUGGUGUUGAACAAAGAAAGGCUGGGAUGGGGUAUGAUCAGAAAAACAUGGAUAGAUGGGUCAACUCUGAAGGAGGCUGAGAGAGGACACUGGAACGAGGACGCUGCACCUAUACAGCAGAUCUGCUUCUCUCUAUCCGAGGACCGGAGCUCUCUGCUUGCCGUGCGACUUCCCGCACGCACAGUUUUCUUCCACCCCAUCUGCUUCCGCCAAGCUCGCGCAAAUAAAUCUUCGCCUUUCUACGAUCUCCCCGCAUCGACGAUCGAUCCGCACCCUAUCUUCAGCAUAGACAAGGAAAUCACUGGCGGAUUUACCCAUUGUCAUGUAGCGUUCAAUCCGAGCUUCCAGUCACAAUUCGCUAUUGUUGAUCAGAGCCCAAUGUGGAGCGUGUGGGAGAUUGAUCGUUCGCGCAAGAGUGAAGAAUACACCCCUUCAUGUCUUGUUCGCGGGCGGAUCACCAGUUCGGAAACUGAGGAUGUGAGUGGCGAAGAUGGAUGGGCGAGAGUGCUCUGGGUGGCCGACGUUAGUACUUUGCUGGUCUGCAACAGACGCCAUUUGAGCAUUGUCAGUAUUAAGGGAGGGGAACUGAAGUACCUAGCCUGCCCGACAUUCCUCAAUCAGCGAUCCGCAGAGUGGUUCUUGGACGUCAAGCUUCAUCCAAAACAUGCGAACCAAGCCUUCAUUUUGACCUCUACCCACCUCAUUCUGGUGCUAGUCAACAGUUCUGCUGAAGAAAAUGCUUCGGCCGAAGAUUCAGUGACGACAGUACUGGCAUCAUGGGCACACUUUCGGGAUGCAGAAGAUUUUACUCUUCAGAUGACUGUACAAAUGGCGUCAGAAGAUGAAUCGUGCCUCGUGCUUUAUUCGCAACUGAACAAUCUCAUUCAGGUGUACACCUUUGCGGAGCACCCUGCAGGCGGUUCCUCUAUAGUGGCGUGUUCUGAUCCUGGUAUACUGGAUUUGGCCAUCGACGGGUCAGGCCGGAUUGCCAAUUUAUACAUGGAGCCUAUGCAACAGGGGGGUAUCAGAAUGGACACAGAUUUCUUUCGGUUGUUUGUGGUACUGUCUACCUCCAGUAUCCAUGAGCUCGUCAUUUAUACUGCGAAGUCGUCGACUCAAGAAUCGUUCACUACCAAUGAGGUCGUCGAAGACUUCACACGCAGUAUGAUAAGACGCCCUCGAGUCGGCAUUUCCAAGACGGAAGUGGUGAAUAAGGAGGACGAGAUAAUAGUUACAGAUGGUCUAGAUGUUCUAGACUCACCCAGCUCCAAGACUACAUCAAGGAUUUUGAAACCAGAGCAGGUUUUGGAGGACGCUCCCGUGCAGACCACACGUAACAACGAACUCCUAUACGAAGCCCUUCAGUACGCAGAAAUUCCUGGAAGCAACGUACAAGGUUCUUUGGAUAUCACAGCGGUUCUGGGCGAGGUGAAGCAAAUGCUCGCCGACGAUCCUGACUCUGUGCCGUUGCCAAUCGGUACGUUGAUGGAGUACGCCAAUACAAAGCUCCAAAUUCCGGAUGUGGACGAUGCAUCUUCGAAUCUCCAAGAUUUAUUAGCCGAAAACGAAGAAAACGCCCUAUUUCUUGAACGAAUCGCGUCGGCGCAGACACUUGGCUUGGCUGAGGAGGACAACAAUCCUACCAUCUCAGAUAUUUAUGAUACCCUGUUGGAAACUUGGGUCGCACCUCUGCCACCUACGGUACCCAGCCGUGUCCGACAAUCCAAAGAGCAGCUUGCCCGGGGUAUCGCCGCUCAAGUCAUGUUCUCCAGCCUGCGUGUACGAGAGCAUGAGCUAGAUGCUGCGACCACUGGCUCACAUCUGGGCCCAAGCCAGGAUCGGGGUAUUGCAUUACCCAUUUUGCCUUCGCGACCGAGGAACGGCGAUUUCCAUUUUCCAUCGCAAUUCUCCAUCUCUCAACAACUUCCAACACCUCCACAGUCUUCUGUGCCUACAUCGUCUUUGCCAGGCUCAUCACCGCCUGUCUUGCCUUUCACGCGGAGUGUUCCACAAGAUCCUUUGGCGCGACUAAGCAAGCAUCUGCGCAACAGAAACCCUUCCAAGGAGCCAGUGGGUAUUGGUGCAAAUGCAUCUCGGAUUCUCAGACAAUGGCAAGUUGGAGAUGAUCCAAACAGUUACGAUUGGACUGCCAUCGAGCGAGACCUUCAGCCCGAGGACAUGGAUGAGGAAAGCCAAAGGCAACGCGAGAAAGAGCGUAAAGCCAAGGAGCGCAGGGAAAGACGUCAGCAACGCGAAGAUGAGUUGGCAAGAGUGAAGGCUACAAGCCAGCCUCUAAUGUUUCCAAGAAGCUCUCCCGGGCCCAUGUUGAGUGGCAUGGUCAACAGCAGUCAAAUACCGAUACAGAGUCAGAUACUAAGUCAAGAGCCAAUCUCCAGCUCAGCAUUCAUAGCACCGCAGAGUCAAAUUGAGCCAGGCAAGUUUGGAGGAAGGUUGGAUAAGAACAAAAAGAAGAAGAAGAAGAGACUGGAAUGCCUAACCGGAUACCUAUCAGCUGGGAUGCAACUGCCGUUUUCAGAACCAAAAUAUCGUUAUCCAAUUUCUACUCAUUCCAAGAUGUCAGGCUUUCCAUCUCUCCAACCAGCCUUUACGGUCCGCGUCGAAAUCGACGCGCCGAUGCAGGUCGGUGGCCAGUCAGGGCCCCAAUUGGCCAUUGUUCCCAUGACAAGUGGCACCGUGAAGAGUGAAGAGGGUUUCGAGCCUAAACUCGACGGAGUGCUACAUGGCGUGGGAUACGACUACAUUCACAACGAUGCCGAUAAUGCAAACAUGAGACUGGAUGUGAGGAGUCAGGUCAAGAAUCAUGAUGGCACCGUUCUUGCAAUGUACUACAAGGGAACCGUCAAGCUUACUCCAGGCGUUGGUGCUGUCUUGACUGGCGCUCCAGAUGCAAAGACCACAGAGUAUGGCGAUUCAUUUGUCAAUUUUUCAUUCGAGACCGGCAACCCCAAAUAUGCUGAGCUGCAAAACGGAACAUAUGUUGCUGCUGGCCAUUUUGUCAAAGAGGCAGGGAACCCCGGAACUAUCGUAGAGUACAAGGUUAGCAAGGUUGUGUAUAAGGCGUGA